GUCCACUACCCACUGUAGCCAAGCCAGUUAGCCUAGCACGGCGAAACAACCAACCAACCGGAGCAGACUCGAGAGCACGAGGAAGGGGCCAAGGAGAGGGCGGCGCCGGCAUGGAGGACUUCUACGUCACCAUCCCCUACGGCCUGCUGGUCCUCGGCGGCGGCGUCGCGGGCUACCUCAAGCGCGGGAGCGCACCCUCGCUGGCCGCGGGGGCCGGAUUCGGAGGGGCGCUCCUCCUCGCCGGCGCGCUCAGCGCUUGGGCCUUCGCGCGCGGCGGGGGUGGCGCCGGCGCCGUCUUCGCCACCGUCCUCCAGAUCGUUUGUGCAGUGGUAUUAACUGUUGUCAUGGGAGUAAGAUAUGUCAAAACAAGAAAGAUAAUGCCCGCUGGAAUUAUUGCUGCUAUCAGUGCAAUCGUGUUGAUAUUUUACGUGUACAAGGUAUCAACUGGUGGUAACAAGGUUUACAUCCCGGUGAGUACCGAGUGAGUCUGCUGCAGACGCGGUCUUCUAGUGUGGUGUACAUGCUGUUUCAAUGGACAAUUAACUGUGAAAGUGUGAAGACAACAAAAUCAUCUCUGUUGUCAUGAUGUGCCCAUCAAUUGUAUUCUAGUGAGGCAAACACUGCCCUGGAAAAAAAAUUAUCUCAGCUGUCAUGAUGUGCCCAUCAAUCAUAAUCUAGUGAGGUCAACGUUGUAUCACACACUGAUAUACACUAGUUCACUAAUAUUAAACACGAGUCAGUUGCAUCUACUAUCAA